UAAAACCCCCUUAUCUCUAUAUAGAAUAAUAUAUAUAGACGUAACUUAGCAGACACUAUCAGAUCACCUAAAAAAGAAAGAUGAAUGAAGGUAGCGACAAUGAUUUUUUUAUGUGGGAAAAUAAUCAAGGGUGGCCGUCUUUGAACUCGAAUAACCUAGUAGGGAGUGGAGAGAAGUUUGCGGGUGACAAGUUGCCAGAUCCAAAUAGGUCUGAUACUUGUCAGCCGCCUACAACUGCUAAGGAGACGGCUGAGGCAACUGCCAGCAGAAAAAGAAGUGCAUCCAAUCGAGUGAAAGACGGUAAGAAAAGUGGUGAAGCAAAGUCUGGUGAUGGAGGUGGAGAAGGAGGAGGAGACUCAGAUCACGAGAUACACAUAUGGACGGAGAGAGAAAGGAGGAAGAAGAUGAGGAACAUGUUCUCUAAUCUUCAUGCUUUGCUUCCUCAACUUCCUCCUAAGGCUGACAAGUCCACAAUUGUUGAUGAAGCAGUGAACUACAUCAAAACACUGCAGAACACUCUCGAAAAGCUUCAAAAACAGAAGCUAGAAAGGCUUCAUCCCGUAUCCUCUGCAAUGAAUUUUUAUGAUCCUUCCAUAAUCACUUCACAGAAAUUACUAAGCGUAGGAAGUAGCAGGGAGCAAUUUUUGGCUGAUCAAGGAUCUACUAGUAACUCAGCUGCUAUUACACCAACCAAUAAUAAAACUGCCAGUCCCCCUUUGAUGAGUAAUAUUCCAGCAACUUUUCAGACAUGGAGUUCACCACAUGUGGUACUAACUGUUUGUGGAGAAGAGGCACAUAUUAGUGUGUGUUGUCCAAAGAAAGUUGGACUUUUUAGUGCCAUUUGUUGUGUUUUGGAGAAUCAUAAGAUAGAGAUUGUGUCUGCCCAAGUUUCAUCAGAUCAUUAUAGAAGCAUGUUCAUGAUCCAAGCCCAUGCAAGAGGUGGAAGUAGCUUCAAUCAAUUCUCCCAAGCACGCACAGUGGAAGAAAUAUACCAGCAAGCUGCAGCUGAGAUAAUGUUCUGGACCACUCCCCAGUGAUAUUUCAGCCAAAUUCAACAGAAGUUAAAGGGACUUGUUAUAAGGUUUUUGCGAGUCUUUAUUUUAUGUAUAGGCAGGAAGAAUGAAAACUAUGAAAUUUGGUCCAUUUUCUUCCAAUGAUAUAUAGCUAAGAUCUUGGUUUUGGCAGUGGCAGCAUAAACAAUAUUGCAAGGUUUUAUUUUAUGUACAUGCUCUCAGGGUGUGUUUGGUAUGGAUAAAA